AUGGACAGUGGAUGCUCGAAGCACAUGACUGGGAGCGUCAAAAACUCCCUUUCACUCAAGGCACUUCAAGAUAAAGGUGUCUCAUUUGGCGAUGGAAAGAAGGGGCACAUCCUUGAAGUUGGCAGAGUUGGAAAGUCACUUGAAGAUUCCAUUGAAAAUGUUUACUAUGUGAGUGGGUUAAAACACAGUCUUCUCAGCGUCUCCCAGAUUUGUGACAAGGGAAACAAAGUCAAGUUUUAUUCCGACAAAUGCAUUGUAACCAGCCUAACUAACAAAAAGGUGAUCUUGAAGGCUAGAAGACGGAAAAACAUGUAUGUGACAGAUCUGGAAACAACUCAUGGAGACAAUCUGACAUGCCUCAGUGCUCAAAGUGAAAAUGCCAUUCUAUGGCAUAUGAGGCAAGGUCAUGUGAGCUCGUCUCUAUUGAACAAGCUUGUAUCUAGGGACCUGGUAUGUGGUUUGCCGAAAUUGAAGUUCAGUGAUGUCAAAGUGUGUGCGCAUGUGCCAAAGGGAAACAUACCAGAUCCUCAUUCAAACCAAAGAAGGAUCAGGUCCGACCAUGGAACCGAGUUUGAAAAUGCGAAGCUUGAUACAUUUUGUACUGAAAGUGGUAUUAAUCAUAACUUCUCAGCUCCUAGAACACCUCAACAAAAUAGUGUGGUGGAAAGGAAGAAUAGAACUCUGGUAGAUAUUGCCAGAACUAUGCUCAUCGAGUCUAAUCUUCCUCAAAACUUUUGGGCUGAAGCUGUCAAUACUGCGUGUUAUGUGACUAACAGAUGCUUGAUUAGGUCUCUCCUGAACAAAACUCCGUAUGAACUGCUCAACAAUAGGAAACCCAAGCUCAGUUACCUAAAAGCCUUUGGGUGCAAGUGCUAA